AUGGCGAUGAUAAGCUUACUUGAAGCCUUCAUAGCAUCCCUUUUCUUCCUUGUAUUCCUAUGUUUCUUCCUCCACAAGAAAUCUCACGGCGGUCCUAUUCUCAAGAGCUGGCCGUUCCUCGGGAUGCUUCCAGGGAUGCUCGUCCAACUCCCUCGUAUCUUCGACUGGACCGUCGAGGUUCUUGAGGCCACAAAUCUGACGUUUUCGUUCAAAGGGCCAUGGUUUAGUGGAACAGACUUGUUGUUCACGGCUGAUCCAAAGAAUAUCCAUCACAUUCUAAGCACAAACUUUGGGAAUUACCCUAAAGGGCCUGAGUUCAAGAAGAUCUUUGAUGUUUGGGAGAUGGAAUCUUAG